CAAGUUCAAGGCCGGUUUGUCCGCAAUGGCGUUUCCACGCCAUCCAUGCCGGUGUAGCGCUGGCCAGAAUGCCUCUGCGGGCGGCUCUUCGGAAGAUGGGCCCGCGCGCAAAGAUUGCCAAACCGUUGCUGAGAGGAGUCGUUUUUGAUUUGGAUGGCACUUUGACAGUGCAAAAUUUGGAUUUCAAAGUGAUGCACGAGCGUUGUGGUGUGCCUGCUGGGCAAGACUUGCUGCAGGCAGUUGCAGGCAUGAACGGUGCUGACAGGCACAGGGCGGAGGAAAUCAUCGAGGAGAUGGAAGCAGAAGGCCGCCGCACUUUGCAGCUGGCUACUGGUGUCAUUGAGCUUGGCAAAUUUUUGCAGUGGUGGUCCUUGCCCACUGCGAUUGUCACGCGUAAUACGCAAGAGACUGUCCAGAGUUUGCACGAUCAAUUGUGGUGCCCGCAUAGUUUGCCCAAGUUUUGGCCAGCGGUUGGCAGAGAGUUUGUGCCUCCAAAGCCCCACCCUGCAGCCCUGGAGAUGAUUGCGUGGCAAUGGGAUGUUUCACUUGGCCCAGAGCUGCUCAUGGUGGGCGAUUCCCCUUCAAACGACAUUGCAUUCGGAAAGGCAGCCGGCGUUUCAACUGUGCUGGUGGACCCAGAGGGCCAGCACCGCCAAGGUCAGUCUACGAUGGGUGCUGACUUUGUAGUGGACAGCCUGGCCGAACUGCCUCGCAUUUUAUGGCAACAAUUUCGCAUCGAAGGCCCUUGCGUGGUAAAGAAGCUGCCUCCGAUUCCAGCUAAUGCUGCCUGUCAUGCAGCUGCACAAGGGGACGUAUCCGCCCUGACGGCAAUGGAUUUCAAGGACCUGGCAGCUUCUGAUGAGACUGGCAACACCCCGUUGAUUUGGGCAGCUGACUCCGGAAACCUGGGUGCCGUGGAGCUGCUGCUAUCUGCUGGUGUUGAUGACACCGCCAAAGGUUUCUUGGGAAAUUCUGCCCUCUCUCGCGCGUGCCGCCGUGGAGAUGAGUCUAUCCUGCGCUUGCUGCUUGCACGCAGCACCAAAGUGAUAGAUUUGCCAAACGACAAGCUCCAGACCCCACUGCAUUUUGCGGCGUUCUAUCAGCAUCUUCGUGUCGUGCAACUAUUGUUGGAUGUUGGUGCCAGCACUACAGCUGUGGAUUGCAAGGGACGUACCCCAGCCGAAGCGUGUGACGCAGAGACAGCGGUGGGCAGUGGGAGGGAAAUCCAAGGCAUGAUCCUCCAAGCAAGGCGGGCAGGGCAAAUUUUGCCAACUCAGCGACGUGCGUAGCUCUGAAAGGUUGUAGGCUGUCUUUUCAUUCCCCUGUUGGCUGAGUCUCUAGCUGGAUCGAAAGGAUGUCCCGCGUGGUGCGAAAA